GAAACUGAAGGGAGCGACUGCCCCGGGGCGACUGGUGCCUCUCGGGGUACCUCUUGUGUCAACUCGCAACGUGAGACUCAGCUUUACACCAGCACUUUGUGUCUAUCUUUCAUUCAUGUAAUUUAAAGAUGUAGUCAAGAGUUUGUCGAUAAACCAGGGCACAUGAUAGAUGUGGCCCGCCAUCCGCUCACAGACAUGCGUCCUGGCCCCUAAGCAGAACAAGGUUGUCGACCCCUGAUCUAGCCAGUCUCGUCAGCGUACUGCGGAAUGUUAUUCCCCUGCCAGCAGUUGGAUGAAGGGUUUCACAUCCCUGAAGCAAUCUACUCUUACGAAGAACAAACCUAUACGUCGCCAAAAAUCAAUUCGUUUUGCCAGACCCAAUAUGAACAAAGCUGCAGAAGGUGUGAUUUGGCCAUUGAGACACUGGUCCGUGCCUCAUGUCGUUGCCUGACCAACCCCGUAUUCACGGGCACAGUAGCAUUGUUGAUGCAUUGAAUGUUAAGGAAACUAAUGUUGAGGAAACUUAAAUGUUAAGGAUGCUUUCAAGAGAGAGUUAGAUUUUAGCUCUUAAAAAUAGCGGAGUCAGGGGAUAUAGUGAGAAGGCAGGAACGGGAUAUGCCAUGAGGCUGAUCAUCCACAUUCUAGCUCGCUCAAAGGGCCGAAUGGCCUACUUCUGCACCUAUUGUCAAUUGUCUAUUGAAACUAGAUUCGGGUUUAAAGCCUAUGCGGAGCCAAUCUUUAUUGACAGAAAUGGGAGUUUGUGGAAUCCAGACAUUGUCUUCAUUAAAGGCGGUGGAAGUGGAAGACAAUGUCAAUACUCUCAGCGGGGCAACUUACCUGAGAAACCAAACAAAUAUCGCCAUCUAGAGGAGUCCAUAAUGGAUAAGUGUAACAUGGCCACUGCCAACUUCAUGGCUUUCUCAUCAGUGCUCGUGAACAUGAACUUUUCUACGAAGCUCUCGAUAAAUGAAUCCUUUCAAUAUAUCGCCGGGUCUUGUCCGGGAUACAUCUGUAGUAACACGACAGCUGCCCCGACCCCUCCGGUGCUAAUAGACGCCUGGUUGGUACCUCUCUGCUUCGGGAUUCUGAUGGUGUUUGGACUCGCUGGAAACUCGCUUGUGAUCUAUGUGGUAAUGAAGCACAGACAAAUGCGAACAGUCACCAAUUUCUACAUAGCAAAUUUGGCCGCAACUGAUAUUAUCUUCCUGGUGUGCUGCGUGCCUUUUACUGCGGUCCUGUAUCCUCUACCAAGCUGGAUUUUCGGGGAGUUCAUGUGUAAAUUUGUCAGCUACAUGCAACAAGUAUCAGUACAGGCAACAUGUAUUACACUGACUGCAAUGAGUGUGGACAGAUGGUACGUGACAGUUUAUCCACUCAGAUCCUUGAGGCAUAGAACCCCGCGAGUGGCUUUGGGCAUCAGCCUUGCGAUAUGGAUUGGUUCUUUUAUCGUGUCCAUACCAGUGGCUAUCUAUCAGAAGAUUCAAAAUGGAUACUGGUUUGGGCCCCAAGUUUACUGCAGUGAAUCUUUUCCAUCAGCUUCCCUUGAGAAGGCCUUCAUUAUACAUAACUUCCUAGCUGUUUAUCUUCUGCCACUCACCACAAUCUGUGUGUCCUACACAGCUAUGCUACAUCAGAUGGGACAACCAGCUGUGGAGCCUAUUGAUAAUAACCUUCAGGUACAGCUUCUUGCUGAAAGAUCAGAGGCUAUGCGUACAAAGAUCUCCAGGAUGUUAGCAGUUAUGGUCUUUCUCUUUGCCAUCUGCUGGGGUCCCAUCCAGUUUUAUAUCCUUUUACAGACUUUUCUUCCAAACUUUAUCAGGAAUUACUAUACGUACAAAGUGAAAAUCUGGGCCCAUUGUAUGUCUUACACAAAUUCCUCCAUCAAUCCUAUUGUGUAUGCAUUUAUGGGUGCCAACUUCAGAAAAUCAUUCAAAAAAGCAUUUCCAUUUAUCUAUAAGCAGAGAGUUGGGAGCAUAAAUAGUGGAAAUGCUGCUUGUAAUACAGAGAUGCAUUUUGUCUAAACCAGAACAUAAAAUUGUAAAUAGUAAGGCACCAAUUACUUAGUUUUUCAAAUCAAUUUGCAUGGUCAAAUAAUUGUUCCUGCACUCCCUAGAAUAAUAAUAUAAUAAUAACUUUAUUUAUAGAGCACUUUAAAAACAACCACUGUUGCAACAAUGUGCUGUACAUGACUAAUCAUGGACAAGAAAUUAUUACACAACAAUAAAAACAUUAAAAGAGAUAGUAAAAACAAUAAAAUUAAAAACAUUAAAAGCAGUAAAACAGGAGGAAAGUCUCAAGCAGGAUCAAAAGCCAAGGAAUAUAAAUGUGUUUUAAUACUGGUUUUGAAGAUGGACAGUGAGGGGGCCUGUCUGAUGUGCAACAGCAGAGAGUUCCAUAGCGCCUGAGCAGCAACAGAGAAGGCUCUAUCCCCUCUGAGCUUCCGCUUAGACCUCAGUACCUCCAGGAGCAGCUGAUCAGCUGACCUGAGGCACCGGGCAGGAGCGUAUGGAUGGAGCAGCUCAGAGAGCACCUCGGAAAAGCAGCCAACAAAAUCGAAGACGUCCCACCCCAAGUCGUUCCUUCUACUCUCUGAUCGCAUCCAACAGAAGCUACAAAUG